UAUGUGAUGUGUUCAGGGCUGUGGUGCCGGGUAGAUGGAGAGAAGGACUGUAAAACCAAACUGGACCCACCCAUGGAUGGCACCGAAUGUGACAUUGGAAAGUGGUGUCGUGCUGGGGAGUGUGUGAGCCGAGUGGUGCCAGUGGAGCCAGCCAUGGGGGAGUGGAGCACCUGGGGGUCCUGGGGAGCCUGCAGUCCAACCUGCAGCACGGGCAUCAGUGGACGCCAGCGCAAGUGUGAGAGUCCCAGUGGGAAAAGCCGGGACUGUGUCGGCUCCAGGAUGCAGUACAGGAUGUGUGAGAGCCCACCCUGCCCUGUUGGGAUCCCCAGCUUCAGAGACCAACAGUGCCAGACCUUCAAUCGCCCCUCUCUACACUGGCACUCCGUCAUGGAUGAUGAGAGGCCCUGUACACUGUUCUGUUCUUCCACAGGGAAAGAGCAACCCCGCCUCCUGGCUGAGAAGGUGCUGGAUGGAACCUCCUGCGGCCCUCAGGAGUCUGGCCUCUGUGCCAACGGGACUUGUCAGAAAGUGGGCUGUGACGGGAUCCUGGGUUCGAUGGCAAGAGAGGACCACUGUGGGAUGUGUAACGGCAAUGGCAAAUCCUGUAAGGUCAUCAAGGGGGACUUCAACCACACCAGAGGAGCAGGCUAUGUGGAGGCUGUGAUCAUCCCCAAAGGGGCCAGGAGAAUCAGAGUGGUGGAGGAAAAGCCUGCUCAGAGUUACCUGGCACUCAAAGACACAAACAAGCAUUCCAUCAACAGCGACUGGAAGAUAGACCACCCAGGAGCCUUCAACAUGGCGGGCACCACCGUUCACUACGUCCGGAGAGGACUGUGGGAGAAAAUGUCCGCCAAAGGCCCCACAACCUCCCCGCUGCAUCUCAUGGUGCUGCUGUUUAACGAGCAGAACCAUGGGAUCCAUUACGAGUACACCAUCCCCACAGAGGCUAACAUGCAACCCCAGGGGGGGCUGGGACCAGGGGCCAUGCCCAGCGAACCCCUUUUCAUGUGGACCCACUCUGGCUGGGAGGACUGCCAUGCCGUGUGUGGAGGAGGAGAAAGAAAGACUAUCGUCACCUGCACCAACAUUGUCAACAAAACUACGAGUGUGGUGGACAACCGAAGAUGUCGUCACCUGACCAAACCUGAGCCUCAAGUCCGCAAGUGCAACGAGCAGCCCUGCCAGACAAGGUGGAUGAUGACUGAGUGGACGUCUUGCUCUCGUACCUGUGGUAAAGGCUCUCAGAGCAGACAGGUUGCCUGCACCCUGCAGCUAGCCAACGGCACCCUGGUCAAAGCCAAGGAUAGCGACUGUGCCGGCCCCAAGCCGGCCCCCACACAGCGCUGCGAGGGCCAGGACUGUCUCACCGUGUGGGAGGCUGGUGUGUGGUCUGAGUGCUCGGUGAAGUGUGGGCGGGGGGCGCGCCAUCGGCUGGUGAAGUGCACCAACCCUCGUAAGAAGUGUGACCUGUCGACCCUGCCCCGUGAGACGGACGACUGUGAGGACUACUCCAAGUGUUACAUCUGGAGGACAGGAGACUGGGCCAAGUGCUCGGUCACCUGUGGUAAAGGCAUGCAGUCCCGGGUUAUCCAGUGCAUGCACAAGAUCACCGGGCGCCACGGCAACGAGUGCUUCACGUCGGAGAAGCCGGCGGCGUACCGGCCGUGUCAGCAACAGGCGUGCAACGAGAGGAUCAACGUCAACACCAUCACCUCGCCACGCCUGGCUGCCCUGACGUUCAAGUGUUUACGGGACCAGUGGCCGGUUUACUGCAAAGUCAUCCGCGAGAAGAACCUCUGCCAAGACAUGCGCUGGUAUCAACGCUGCUGUGAAACUUGCCGGGACUUUUACGCACAGAAGAUGCAGAAGAGAAGUUGACCCUCCACUCGUCCCCUCGCCCCGUCCUUCCAGGGGCAAACUUAGGUGUCAAAUCCUAUUUAUGUAUAUCAAGUGCACUUAUUCCAACAUGUAGGAUGGACAGAACACACCCGUUUCGACCUAACCAGCGGUAGAUUAUAAGCACUGUAAAUGUGUCAUUAGUACAUUGUGUUAUUGGUAUUGAGUCAAUAUGAUUUCAUGUUUGUGGUAUUGAGUCAUUCUAUGUCAUGUUAUUGGUAUUGAGUCCAUACAUGUCAUGUCAUGUUAUUGGUAUUGAGUCCAUACUAUGUCAUGUUAUUGGUAUUGAGUCGAUACUAUGUCAUGUUAUUGGUAUUGAGUCCAUUCUAUGUCAUGUUAUUGGUAUUGAGUCCAUACUAUGUCAUGUUAUUGGUAUUCAGUCCAUCCUAUGUCAUGUUAUUGGUAUUGAGUCCAUACUAUGUCAUGUUAUUGGUAUUGAGUCCAUCCUAUGUCAUGUUAUUGGUAUUGAGUCCAUCCUAUGUCAUGUUAUUGGUAUUGAGUCCAUACUAUGUCAUGUUAUUGGUAUUCAGUCCAUACUAUGUCAUGUUAUUGGUAUUCAGUCCAUACUAUGUCAUGUUAUUGGUAUUGAGUCCAUUCUAUGUCAUGUUAUUGGUAUUGAGUCCAUUCUAUGUCAUGUUAUUGGUAUUCAGUCCAUCCUAUGUCAUGUUAUUGGUAUUGAGUCCAUACUAUGUCAUGUUAUUGGUAUUGAGUCCAUACUAUGUCAUGUUAUUGGUAUUCAGUCCAUCCUAUGUCAUGUUAUUGGUAUUGAGUCCAUACUAUGUCAUGUUAUUGGUAUUGAGUCCAUACUAUGUCAUGUUAUUGGUACUGAGUCCAUACUAUGUCAUGUUAUUGGUAUUGAGUCGGUCUAAGCACAUCUCUUUUGAGGGUGUAAUUGUUGACCAGCCUUCACCUGGGAUCUGUUGAGAUGAUAUACUGUAGAUCUACAUAAGGAUCCAACUCUUUGGUGUUUUUGGAGAAGUUUUUGUUUUUAAUCAUGUUAACUUGUGCUAAUAUUUUGUACAUUUCUUACUAUUUUCCAUACUGUAUUUUUUUCUGAUUUAUCUUCAUUCAUAUCACAUUGAAAAUCAGACAAAAUCCAUCAAGGUAUACCACUUAGUUUCCACUCAUUUAGUUAACCCUGUAUAAUGUAACCAAUGCAAUAGUGCCAAAAGUGCAAAGUCCAAACUUAAUCAAGCGUACCAUUGGAUCUAGGUCUACUGGUUUCCUAUCAGUUUCUUUAAAAAAAAAUAAAGUCCAGCACAAUGUUUAUUCUCCCAAAUACCACCUUUUAUCUGACAACAUUUCCAUCCACAAGGAUCUUCGUCAGGUCAAAACGACCUGUCAAAACGACCUGACAAAACGACCUGACAAAACGACCUGACAAAACGAC